GGGGGCAUUAUUUCAUUAAAUUUUGCCGGAUUUUUAAUAUAUUACACCGGUCGAUGGGAUUAUGUGUUCUAUUCAUUUGCAAUAUUCGCGACAAUAAAUUGGACUUUGUUUGCUUUAUUAUGUUACGACAAUCCACGAGAUCACCCGUUCAUCGGCAACGAGGAGAAGAACUUUCUUGAAGAAAAAAUAAAUUAUUUGGAGAAAGAUCGGAAAGAUAAAUUGUCUACACCAUGGAUCAAAAUAUUUACCAGUAAACCAAUGAUUGCACAUAUAAUCCACGCAUCAGUUUGCGCUUGGAUGUUCAAUAUAAACAAUGCCAAUUUACCAAAAUAUAUGAAUGACGUGCUGCACAUUUCCAUAACAAAAAACGCCAUCACGUCGUCCGUUCCCAAAGUGGCGAAACUUAUCAUUGCGCUUUUUGCCGGUUUUUUGUCAGAUUGGAUGCUUGAGAAAAAAGGCAUUAGUAUCACCAAAAUUCGGAAAAUAUUCGUCGUAUUGUCCUCAGCAUUUCCCGUAUGUUUUCUGAUGUGUGCAUCAUACGCUGGUUGUGGGGAGCUAAUUGUGUUGACGUUUUUUGUGCUUUCGACGGGUUUCGCUGGAUUUAGUUCAGCUGGAAUAGGUAAUAACUUAUUGGAUUUGGCACCUAAUUAUAUUGGACCAUUAGCUGGUUUCGUGGAAACAAUUUCAAAAACAACAUCAAUAUUUUCAACCUAUGCUGUUGCUCUUUUGACUCCACAUGCUUAUCUAUCGGAAUGGCGAACUGUGUUCUGGAUAACAUUUUCAGCAAAAAUAUUGGGAAUGACAAUUUUCAUUGUUUGGGGUUCAGGUGAGAUUCAACCAUGGAACAAUGUUCAAGGUGAAGGCUCAAAAGUUGAUUCGAAAACAAUAAAAGUGCAUUCGGGAUGUUCCGAAAUAUGUGAUAUGUCGUGUAAGUUGUGCAAAGCUCGAAUGCCGCUUUUAAAUGCGGAGACAAACUUUAAUCCAACAGUUUUUACAAGUGCUGAAAAAUAAGACGAUAUUCUCAGCAGGCGAGUAACCACCCACUAUGGAAAAAGUCUAUUUGUUCUUAAAAUAUUAUUUGUAUAGGUUCAUUUUUUAUAAUAAAAGUGAAAAUACAAUUAAC